AUUUUUAAAGAAUUUCUGACAAUGGUAAUGAAAUACAGAAUCAAAUACUUUCAUGGAAAGCACAGGCUUCAAUUCUGUGUCUGAUGGUUGUUGAGAUUAUUAUAGACAAGAUACAUGAACACCUAAGCGAAGUUCUGUGUUCUCACAUCACAGAAUAGUUGUGAAAAAAGACUGUAAACUUAAUGCCGUUGUUUCUUUUAAAAAGAGUCAAGCCUGCAAAAUAAUUGUGUUCCUGUGAGAAAGAUGCUUUUAGAUAUAAUUGAACAGCAUCUUGAAUUUCCUUUCUGCUAAGAUGUUUCUGCUGGCUGGGAAUUUUCAUGUGGUAAAAGUUUAUGAUAUAAAAUGAUUAGUGAUCACUAAAAUUUAAAGGACCUCAGAGUAACUAAACCCCAUUUCCAUUCUUCUUUAUAGAAAUUAGUCUCCUUUAGCCAAAUACCCUGAUUCCCGUAAUGGAAGAAAUUGAUUUCAGUGACUUGAUUGAGAGUACCUUCUCUUAUCAGGGGCUUAUGGAAUUUGUCCUAAAUACACUUUCCUUUAACUCAGUUGUAAGAAGAGUUAGGAUGCCUCUGAUGACAAAACAACUGAGAGAUCCUGACAUAAAUCCUUGCUUGUCGGAGACUGAUGCUUCUAGCAGAUGUAUGGCCGAAAAUAACUAUAACAAGGAAAGGUGUUCCAGUUACUUCUUGAAGUACAAAAACUGCCGGAGAUUCUGGCAUUCUAUCAUGGUCCAAAGACGACAGAAUGGAGUGAAGCCAUUUAUGCCUAUAGCAGCAGAAAGAGCUGAAAUUUUGGGCGCAAUGGGAAAGAUGCCCUAUUGAAUGUUUGCAUUAAAAUUUAUUAUAUAGAAGCAGGUGAAUAUUCUAAGUGAUUCCUGUAAUCUUUUUUAAGACUUGUCUAGCAUCACCCAGACGGAUUUUGUGUUUUACAAAGAGACAGAAUUCAGUUAGUCACGUAUCUUUGAUAUUUGCUCUCAGUGCCUUUAUGAGGAUAUGUCACUGCCAGGCUGUACAUAGAGGGCUAGGGGUAGUAGAGGACUAUAGGAGUUGACUUUCUCUUCUGUGUCUCAAAAAAGGAAAAAUAUGAACAAACAGGGCUUAAUAGGCUUGACAAGAAAUGUUUCUAAGGAAAAAAAAUAAUGUGAGCAUGGGCAUGAUAGAAAGCAUGACACAUUUGGAGCAUCUAGACUAUUCUACGUAAUGUCUAAAGUAAGUGGAUCCCAGCAUUCUGGGAGCUUAAAGCAGAAGGACUAUAAGUUUGAGCUCAUCCUGGGAAACUUUAACUUUGUGAGAUACUGUCUCAAAAUUUAAAAAAUAAAAAGGCCUGAGGAUGUGAGUAAGUGAGAAGGCCCUGGGUUCAAUCCUCAGUACCCCUCACCCAAAAAAAGCAUGAUGUAGAGAAGACUAGAAUAGUAAGUUGUAAGUAGAUGAAUGGUAGGUGUCAGUCCCAGCCCUAACAUCUUUGUAUACACUUAACUCAUUUAUCUUUGUUUAAAUAGGUUUAAUAUACUUAUCAAGAGGGAAAUGGGUGUGGAAAGCUUGGCCAAAAUAAUGACAUGAAAAAGAAUUGGUUCUCUUUAAUGAAAGGCUCUUAGGUAUAAGAUUCUGGACUGAAAAUCCACAAAUUUUGAGUAGUCUUAUGAACCUUUAAUUCUUGAACCAUGGUAAAGAAAAAAAUUCCUUUAAAAGUAAGAUUUCUAUUUGUAGGAUGAAACGGACACGUGAAAGGAUAUGGUAGCUUAGCAGGUGAAUUCAGCAUUGGGAUGAGGCUAGACUUAACUUCAUUUUAUACUGUAAAAACUACUCAGCGUGGUGAAUUGGAUCAUGUAGCAGCUUUCUUUAUAGCCACAGUGUUUUAAAAUCAAGGGUUAUUUAGACAAGUUUUUAUUUUUUUUCUUUUUUGAGACAGGGUCUCACUUUGUAGUUGAGACUGACCUGAAACUCACU